GAGAGGAAAGGAGGUAUGUCACGCACUGGAUUACAACCAGUAUGUGUUUGGGACACGGAGACGCCUGCUACUUUGCACGGCAGUUGGCGUUUGUUCUUUGAAGAAGAAGCUUUCGGUGGCACAGCAGAACCCAGGAGACGGGAGGAGAGGGAGGCAUCUGACGAGGACCACCCACACCAACUGAUGGACAGCAUGGGUGACGAGGGGCCUCCCAGUCUGGAGUACAUCAAGGCCAAGGACUUGUUCCCCCAGAAGGAGCUGGUGAAGGAGGAUGAAAGUCUUCAGGUACCAUUCCCAGUUCUUCAGGGGGAAGGGGUGGAAUACCUUGGCCGUGCUGAUGAAGCCAUCAUUGCCAUUUCCAACUAUAGGCUACACAUUAAGCUAAAAGACUCCGUCGUCAAUGUUCCUCUGCGGCUGAUAGAGAGUGUUGUGAACAGAGAUAUGUUCCAGCUGCAUAUCAUCUGUAAAGACUCCAAAGUUGUCAGGGGUCACUUUGCAAAUUCAAACCAGUGUCAGGAAUGGGUCAAGCGUCUGAACCGGGCCAUAGCUCACCCGUCCCGGCUUGAGGACCUUUUUGCCCUGGCUUAUCAUGCCUGGUGUCUGGGUGGCUGUGCAGAUGAUGAGGACCAGCAUGUUCAUCUUUGUCGCCCAGGUGAUCAUGUACGUCAAAGAAUGGAAAUGGAGGUCAGGAGAAUGGGCUUGACACACCAGAAUGUCUGAGACUUUUCCGACAUAAACUACAAUUACAAGUUGUGCUCCAGCUACCCCCAGAAGCUUCUUGUCCCCAUCUGGAUCACUGACAGGGAGCUAGAGAGUGUGGCCUCCUUCAGGUCAUGGAAGAGGAUUCCUGUGGUUAUCUACAGACACCAGAAGAACGGGGCAGUGAUUGCCCGUUGCAGCCAGCCGGAGAUUAGCUGGUGGGGCUGGCGGAACACAGAUGAUGAGUAUCUGGUUACAUCCAUUGCCAAGGCCUGUCAGAUGGAUUCUGGAGCCAAAGGCUCAAGUGUCACACCAGCCUGCCAACAACGAGGAGAUGCUCCCGACUCGGCAGACAGUGAUUUUGACUCCUCCCUCGCAGGCGCCUCUAACGCCGAUGAAAACGCUGCGCCACACAAGCUGCUGAUUCUAGAUGCCCGGUCGUACACUGCUGCAGUGGCCAACAGAGCUAAAGGUGGAGGCUGCGAAUGUGAAGAGUACUACCCCAACUGUGAGGUGAUGUUCAUGGGAAUGGCAAAUAUCCACGCCAUCCGGAAUAGCUUCCAGGCUCUGCGGGCCGUUUGCAGUCAGAUCCCAGAUCCGGGAAAUUGGCUUUCAGCACUCGAGAGCACUCGUUGGCUGCAGCAUCUGUCCGUCAUGCUGAAGGCAGCUGCUCUGGUGUGCUCGGCAGUGGAGAGGGAAGGCCGUCCUGUGCUAGUGCACUGUUCCGACGGAUGGGAUCGCACACCUCAGAUUGUAGCGCUCGCCAAGAUCCUGUUGGACCCCUACUACAGGACCUUAGAGGGUUUCCAGGUGCUUGUAGAGACUGAGUGGUUGGAUUAUGGUCAUAAGUUUGGGGACCGCUGUGGCCACCAGGAGAACGCAGAUGAUGUCAGUGAGCAGUGCCCCGUCUUCCUGCAGUGGCUGGACUGUGUUCACCAGCUGCUCAAACAGUUUCCCUGUCUGUUUGAGUUCAACGAAGCCUUUCUGGUCAAGUUGGUGCAGCACACAUACUCAUGUCUGUAUGGCACAUUCCUGUGUAACAAUGCUCGUGAAAGAGAUUCUAAGAACAUCUACAAACGUACCUGCUCCGUGUGGUCGCUGCUUCGAGCAGGGAACAAGAACUUCCAGAACUUUCUUUACAUCCCCGGUCAUGAUAUGGUGCUGCAGCCGGUGUGUCAUACACGAGCUUUACAGCUGUGGACAGCAGUCUACCUUCCCACGUUCUCACCGUGCACGGCCGUGGAUGAUGCCAUGGAGCUCUACCUCCCACCCAAUGCCACAGGAGACGAGCUCACUUCCCGCUCCCUAGACAGACUUCCCAAGACCCGCUCUAUGGACAGCCUCGUGUCAGCUUUUGAGAGCGGGCCGCUGCUAACACGAACAUCCAGUGACCCCAAUCUCAACAAGCACUGCCAAGAGGGUCGCUCUGCUGUGGGAGGAACCUCUGCAGACAGCCCCAAUGAGUUCAAAUCCAACACUGGAGUGAGCAGCAGUGGGGUGGAGCCUAUAACACAUAGUGCUGUCUUAACCAAAGAGGGUCAGCAGGGCGGCACCAGCGCAGACGCCUGUGAAGAUGCACUGGAGGAACCAUGCCUCACCACACAACCACUGCCCUCCCUGCUCCUGCCUCCUUCCUCCUUCAGUGAGGAUGUCACACUCCCUCCCAGUCCUUCCCCAACCCCAGGCCUCCACCAGGCUUUGCCUCACAUCACUCACCCUUCACUCCAACCAGCGCCGCUGGAGGCUGAGAGCCCGCGCACAACAUCAGAGAACACUGCCUCCCCUGUGCAUAAACAUGAGCCAUGUUUACCCCUCCCCUGCAACAGCACACAGCCAGCAGCUGCCUCACCCCCCUGGCUGCUGAACGAAGACAUUCAAAGCCAAGCGAGUGAUCUCCCAGAAUCUGUAGAUCUGCUGGCUCUGAAGCAUCUAACUACAGUGCUUCCUAUGGAGGACUCCACAGACACUCUGACAAGUGAGGACGAGAGGCUCCUCACCCUGCCUCCUGGGGAGAACAAGAGUGUUCCCCAGAAUGAAUUUCUUGAAGAGCAGCUCGACUUGCAACCCCAGAAAGAGAAAGAGGACAUGAGGACAGAUGACAUGAAAGGAACAGCGCAUGAAUUAACAAGUGCAGCAGCUCCUGUGGACUCUAACCCGCCAUUCACUCAGCAUCAGAUCUCCCAGAGCCAGAUCUCAGAUCUGCCUUCGCUCAGUUCCCACUGGGACGCUAUCCAGGGUUUGGCCCAGUCUGCCUACAGCUGCACCAGUCUCUCAAGCACGAGCCGGGUGAUGCAGCCGAAUUCUUACCAGAACCACCGGUUUGCCAGUAAGCUUGUCCACAAUCAGGGCCUUUCCACAGCCAGUGGGACCACAUGCUGCCGCAAGGAAAUCCUUUGUUAUCCGAGCAGUCCUCUGCAGCAUGCUGUCAGGGCUGCAGGUCUGUGUGGUCCCGCUGCUCCUGCCCUCACCAGCUUCUCCCUUGCAGCCCAUCAGCUCCCACCCUCUGCUUCCAGCUCCCCUCCACCACCGCAGACCCCGGCUUACCUUGAUGACGACGGCCUGCCCGUGGCCAUGGACGCCGUGCAGCAGAGACUGCGGCAGAUUGAGGCAGGCUACAAGCAGGAGGUGGAGGUGCUACGUCAGCAAGUGCGACAUCUGCAGAUGAGGCUGGAGAGUAAACAGUACGACAGACCCCCGUCUGAGCCAGACAUGGAGUAUGAGGAUGACAUUACAUGUCUGCGGGAGUCGGACAACAGCAAUGAGGAGGAUUCUCUUUCGAGCCACAGUGAGGAUCGUUUGUCUGAGGGCAGCUGGGACCGAGUGGAGCAAAAGGACACAGAGGUCACGAGGUGGGUGCCCGAUCACAUGGCCUCCCAUUGUUUCAACUGUGACUGUGAGUUCUGGAUAGUCAAGAGACGUCACCAUUGCAGGAACUGUGGCAAUGUGUUCUGUAAAGACUGCUGUCACCUGAAGCUGCCCAUCCCGGACCAGCAGCUUUAUGACCCGGUGUUGGUGUGUAACACCUGCCACGAGCUCCUCCUGGAGUCCCGCACUCGUGAGAUGCGCCAGCAGCUGAAGAAGGCCAUCGCCACCGCCUCCAGCUGAGACAAGAGCCCUGCUGCGUUCUGCCUCAGCGCUGUACUUUACGUUGGGACAGAUGAGCGGAACUCUCCGUCAUCAGCCCGACCUGCCGCGGGAGGCGAGACGAGGAGUGAAGCUCGUCUUUGGGAACGGAGACACUGUGAGACUGCGUAUUAGGAGAAAAGGGAAGAGCCUGUGAACUGAUAAACCUGUCAGCAGAGGACGUUGUCCUGCAGCUCAAACCUCCCGUUUGGACAUUUUCAGUGCCGUAUAGCGUCCUGCUGCCUCCGCGCGGCUCCGCCCUUCAGCAGCGCCCCGAUUGCCCCCACAGCGUCACUUAGCAACCACCUUAUCGACAACGUCUCGCACUUCACAGGACAAUCCGUCUCUCUUCGAUGUGUUUGGAACUCCAAAAUUUGCUGCUACAGUAUUUAAAAGUCUAAUUUUGUAUUCUUCUUUUGUGCACUACAAGCUGUUGUUUAUUUGAGGGAAUCUGAGACCAAACUUGAGCAAAAGUGAGAAAUCUGCUGUUUACUUUGCCAUUGUAUUUUUUUUUUUUUUUAAAGCCUGAAUGUAAAGGGGUAACUGGAACGACUUUAAUGUGCGCCUGGUGGCUCGUGUUCUUUGCUGCAAUGUGUUCUCAAACUGACAUAUAUGCACAGUGUGUGUAUUUAUCAGUGCUUCAACCCUGCUGCACCGGAUGUGUGAGGAAUCGGCACAGAGCGACUGACGCUUUGUGCCUGUGCUGCAGGUAUUCUGUCCCGUGACGGACAGUAAUAUCCAAAGUUUUUAGUUUUUCCUGCUGAGGUGCCCGUGAAUGAAACAGCUGUCUGACUGAGGAGUCCGACUCGAUUAACUGGCAGCAGUGACUGCUCAGGAAAAGACUGAACAAAGUGCUCAAACUUUCUUUUUCUGUUUCAGGCAGUUUGGCUGCAGUCCUAUUUACAAAAAAAAAAAAAAAAAAAAAAAAAAAAAAACACCCACAGAAAGUAGUGUCUACUCAUCUGUCACUGAGACAAUAGUGCCAUAACCUCUCUUCUUUUGCCUCUUUUAAAGCCUUUUGUGUUGGAUGGCAGCAGGUUUCUGAUUGGCCACCUCUGUGUUUUAAUGGUACAGCUGCUUAAAAAAAAUGUGAAAACUAAAGUUUAACUGGUGGUUUGACAACGAGGCUAACGACUUCAAUGGACGAUCGCGUGUCACUGAAUUAAUCUUUGGUUAAUAUUUGGGAUUAUUUUCAUACGGUGUUGAUGAAGUCAAAUCUUUAAAAAAAAAAAAAAAAAAGGUUCCAUAGUAUUCUGAUCCAUAGUGGUGGCUAAAAAUGGUCACUUAUUGAUUCAUUGAUGUAAAGAAAUGCACUGUAAAAGUUAAAUCCCAUGGGUUAAAAUAAAAGAUUAUAUCAU